UGGGGAUCACUGGACGUCGGUAAGCAACCACAAUUAUCUUGGAGUUACUGCUCACCACAUAGACAUUGACUGGAAAUUGCACUCGUUUGCUUUAACGGUUCGACAUACAGAAGAACGGCACUUUGCAGAAACAUGUGCCCAACAUUUUUCCGAAAUUGCAGAGCAGUGGAAUGUCGCAGGGAAGGUGACAACAAUUGGCACCGAUAGUGCCCGUAAUAUGACAGCAGCAGCAAGACUCCUGCCAUACGAACACAUGCCGUGCAUUGCGCACAGUUUACAGAGAUCCAUCACCAUGGCAAUCCGUGACAGUGGUCUUGAGAAUGUCUUGGCAAAAUGUCGCAAACUUGUCGGACAUUUUAAGCACAGUCCAGCAAAUUCAGCAGAACUGCGACGACAACAAGAAGAGUCUGGACAGCAACAGGAGCCCCUCAUCCAGGAUGUUUCCACCAGGUGGAACUCCACUGUCAGCAUGAUCACCCGGCUUCUCAGAAACAAGGAUGCAGUCAGAGCUACACUUGAGCUUCAUCAACAAAGAAGCACACCAGCCAUGCUGACAAAUGCUGAACUGGAGAAGAUCGAAAAGCUUGAAAUACUCCUUGAACCGUGCAGGUAUGUGACGGAGCUUUUGGGAGGAGAACAGUACAUAUCCUGCUCUGUGGUCCUGCCUGCACUGUGCCAUUUGUUCCGAGUGAUGGAGGGUUCUGACGAUGAUCCAGGCUAUGUGCUCCGUUUUAAAGCGGCAUUCACGUCUGACCUGUCAAAGCGGAAAGAAAGCACCAAUGUCCAGUGGUUGAAAGUGGCAACGGCGCUGGACCCCAGAUUUAAAGAUCUGAAAUGCCUUCCCAGAUCUGAAAGGGAAGGAGUCUGGAAGUCAAUUAAAGAAGAGAGUUCCCAGCAGUCUGAGCCUCACAGAGAAACAGAGCCAGAUCCAACUAAAAAGAAGAUGAGCCUCCUGUUAGCUGCGUCAGAUUCAGAUGAAGAAGGGGACCCUGCAUCUGACAUGUCUGUGGAUCGGUACAGAGGUGAGCCCAGCAUCUCCAUAGAGGAUUGUCCAUUGAAAUGGUGGUCUGGACACGCAGGGGCCUACCCAAGCUUGGCACCUCUGGCACAAAAAUAUCUGGCUACACCUGCAACGACGGUACCAUGUGAAAGACUGUUCUCACUCUCUGGUCACAUUCUGCAAAAGAAGAGAGCAGCACUGUCCACUGAUAUUGUCACCAGGCUGGUCUGUGUUAGCAAUUGGCUCAAAGAAAAGAAAUAG